CAUGAGCCUCUGGGCGGACAAGCACCGGCCCAGCGCCCUCGGGCGCCUCGACUACCACCGCGAGCAGGCGGCGCAGCUCCGCAACCUGGUUCAGUGCGGGGACUUCCCUCAUCUCCUGGUGUAUGGACCGUCAGGAGCUGGAAAGAAGACUAGAAUAAUGUGUUUGCUAAGGGAGUUAUAUGGUGCAGGUGUGGAAAAGCUGAGGAUUGAACAUCAGAGUAUAACGGCACCUUCCAAAAAGAAAAUUGAAAUUAGCACCAUUGCAAGUAACUACCACCUUGAAGUAAACCCAAGUGAUGCAGGAAACAAUGAUCGUGUAGUAAUCCAGGAGCUCUUGAAGACAGUAGCACAAUCCCAACAGCUUGAGACAAGUACCCAAAGAGACUUUAAAGUGGUGCUGUUAACAGAAGUUGACAAACUUACUAAAGAUGCUCAGCAUGCUUUGCGAAGAACCAUGGAAAAGUACAUGGCCACCUGCAGGCUGAUCCUGUGCUGCAAUUCCAUGUCAAAAGUUAUUGCACCUAUUCAAAGCAGAUGCCUGGCCAUCCGCGUGCCUGCUCCCAGCAUAGAAGAUAUCUGCCAUGUACUGUCCAGUGUAUGUAAGAAGGAAGGCCUGACUCUGCCUCAGGAGCUGGCUCAGAGGCUUGCAGAGAAAUCUGGCAGGAAUCUUCGGAAAGCAUUGCUUAUGUGCGAGUCCUGCAGAGUACAGCAGUAUCCUUUCACUCCUGAUCAAGAUAUUCCUGAGAUGGACUGGGAGGUCUAUUUGAGAGAAACUGCAAAUGCUAUUGUCAGUCAACAGACGCCACAGAGGCUUUUAGAGAUUCGUGGACGGCUGUAUGAACUCCUAACACAUUGCAUUCCUCCUGAGUUCAUAAUGAAGGGACUGUUGUCAGAACUUCUAAAUAAUUGUGAUGGACAAUUAAAAGGAGAAGUUGCACAGAUGGCAGCCUUCUAUGAACACCGUCUGCAAUUGGGCAGCAAAGCCAUUUAUCAUUUGGAAGCGUUUGUGGCAAAGUUUAUGGCAAUUUACAAGAAGUUUAUGGAGGAUGGGCUGGAAGACAUGAUGUUCUAGCAUUGCUACCCACAGUUGUAUUUAGUAAGCUGUGCC